UCCAGCCUGUGGAGUUUAAGAGACCAGAGUAAGAUUCACUGAAGGCUGAAAUGCCUCCUGGGCCUAUUCACAGCCCCUCCCCAUGCACCACAAGAAGCAUUUCCGGACAUUGAACCUCCUGCUUUCUUAUCAUGGGGCCCUCUGGGAGCUGAGUCGCAGAGACCAGUGUCAGCCCUGCCCCAGGACCUGGGCAGACCGGUCUGGUGCUAAGGUGGAGCAGCCAGGUCUAGUCCAACAGUGUCUCGAGAGAGAGGCCACUCCGUACAGCUCCAGGCAUGGAAGGGCACAGAGAGAUUCGGAUCUGAGUGGCUGGGCUGUAAUCAAAAGCCAAUUAAACAAAUUCUGGCCUUCAAGGAGGUUUUAACUGGAGCCACUGGGCAUCAGGUCUAAAAUACCCUCUGGAGCCUCAGGAUAGGGUCCUGGCUUGGAUCACUCUGCCCUUCUUCCUGCAGAGGGAGAUGCAAGCUCCAGGUAGUUUACUGCAUAUGGGACCCAGGGGACCCGACACUGAGAGGAAGGAGAAGCAAGGCACAGACCUGGGAGCCGAACCCUCAGAAUGAAGCACAUCUCGAUCCACUGGUUCCGUAAGGGUCUUCGCCUUCACGAUAAUCCUGCCCUGCUGGCAGCGAUGACAGACUGCCACAAGCUGUAUCCCAUCUUCAUCCUCGACCCCUGGUUCCCAAAGAACAUGCGGGUCAGCGUCAACCGCUGGAGGUUUCUGGUUGAGUCGCUGAGAGAUCUGGACGAGAGCCUCCAGAAACUGAACUCGAGGCUGUUUGUGGUGCGUGGCCACCCCACAGAGAUAUUCCCGGUCCUCUUUAAAGAGUGGAAGGUGACACGGCUGACGUUCGAGAUAGACACGGAGCCCUACUCCAGGCAGCGCGAUAGCGAGGUGGUGAGGCUGGCGGCUGACCAUGGCGUUCAGGUUAUUCAGAAAGUGUCCAACACCUUGUAUGACACCGACAGAGUAAUUGCUGAGAACAAUGGCAAGGUGCCUCUGACCUAUGUGCGUCUGCAGACGCUCCUGGCAGCGCUGGGACCACCGAAGCGGCCCGUGCCAGCUCCCACUCUGGAAAACCUGAAGGAUUGCUGUACCCCCUGCAAAGACAACCACGAUUCAGAGUAUGGGAUCCCUACGCUGGAGGAGCUGGGUCAAGACCCCGAGCAAGCAGGUCCUCGCCUCUACCCGGGAGGAGAGUCUGAGGCACUUUGCAGGCUUGACUUGCAUAUGAACAGAACGGCCUGGGUGUGUAAUUUCCAGAAGCCCCAGACUGAGCCCAACUCCCUGAGCCCUAGCACCACCGUCCUGAGUCCUUACAUCAAGUUUGGAUGCUUGUCAGUGCGAACCUUCUGGUGGAGGUUGUCUGAAAUCUACCAGGGGAGGAAACACUCCAGCCCGCCCGUGUCUUUGCAUGGGCAGCUCCUGUGGAGGGAGUUCUUCUACACGGCAGGAGCUGGGAUCCCCAACUUCAACAAGAUGGAAGGCAACCCCGUCUGUGUGCAGGUGGACUGGGAUGACAAUCCAGAGCACCUCAGAGCCUGGAGUGAGGGCCGGACGGGCUACCCCUUCAUAGACGCCAUCAUGACUCAGCUGCGCACUGAAGGCUGGAUCCAUCACCUGGCCCGGCACGCUGUGGCCUGCUUCCUGACUCGAGGAGACCUGUGGAUAUCCUGGGAGCAAGGGCAAAAGGUCUUUGAGGAGUUGCUGCUGGAUGCUGACUGGUCCCUGAACGCUGGCAACUGGCAGUGGCUGUCGGCGAGCGCCUUCUUCCACCAGUUCUUCCGCGUCUACUCGCCUGUCGCCUUCGGCAAGAAGACGGACAAGGGCGGAGAGUAUAUCAAGAAGUACCUCCCUUGCCUCCGGAAGUUCCCCGCUGAGUACAUCUACGAGCCCUGGAAGGCGCCGCGAAGCAUGCAGGAGCAGGCGGGCUGUGUGAUUGGCCGAGAUUACCCCAAGCCCAUCGUGGUGCACGAGGUGGUGAGCAAGAGGAACGUGGAGCGGAUGAAGGCAGCCUACGCCCGGCGAUCGGCCAGCACCACGGCCCAGCUGGAGGGAGGGGGUGGCAAGAAAGGUGCCAGAAGGAAGACACCUGCUGGUCCCUCUGUGGCCGAACUGCUGACAAAGAAACCAAAGACUAAAAGCAGCUGAAUUCCUGUGGAUCUUCACAAUGGGCCAGUCUCUUCUGUACCGCAGGGGGAGAACCCCACCCCCGGAGCCAGGCAGCACAAGAGCCCAUUCACAUCCCAUCUGGGCUUUAUGAAGAGAGGCUCUGGGGUCUGUUCUAAUCCCUUGGCUGACAGCUAGGAGCCCAGGCCUUCUGAGUCCAGGGAAAGCUAUGGUGGGGUUUUGGCACUGCCUCUCUUAUUGGCUCAGGAAACUUUUUCAUGCUGUACCCUUUCGUUCAGCCCCUUAAGCCUGUUCAGCGAACUGUCCUUUGGUGCAGGUGCUUUCUAUGGUGCUCGCAGGCCAGAAGCUGAGUUUCUCUUUUGGAAAGAAAAGGAGGACUUGUGGCAUCUUAGAGACUAACCAAUUUAUUUGAGCAUAAGCUUUCGUGAGCUACAGCUCACUUCAUCGGAAGCUCACGAGAGCUUAUGCUCAAAUAAAUUGGUUAGUCUCUAAGGUGCCACAAGUCCUCCUUUUCUUUUUGCGAAUACAGACUAACACGGCUGUUACUCUGAAACCUGUCUUUUGGAAAGGUCAUUGCCAUGGAGUGGAUCAGUUUGUCUGAGUGCCUUAUGGUGAAUCUACCCUACAGCACCCGGGGAGGUAGAUGUAUCGCCACCCCCAUUUUACACAUAAGUGAACUGAGAAACAGAGAUUACUGGGCAGUUUUCCAAUGGGAGCUCCUGGAUCCCUUAAAAAUCUAGCCAUAAUUGACUUGUUCAGAUCACUUAAGGAGGCAGAGCUGGGAACUGAACCCACAUCUUGCGCUACAUUCCAGUGCCUUCCGCACAAGGUCCCCUUCCCAGGUUACUGCCCUGUGCUUUCUUUAUCUGGGUGUUGCAGACAUUUAGCUGAAGGGUACAUUUUAAACUUACCUCUCAGGAAAACAAUUUGUGCAGCCACCGACUCCUCUGGCCUGGGAAACGCCCCAGACUCCUGCAUCCAAAGAAGCCAAAAGCACAGCAGACUUUCAGGGAGUGGAAGUUUUUUUUUUUUUUUAAAAGGGCACGUUAAUAACCUGCUGUGGUGCCGAAUGCCCCAGCCAGCCUGGCUGGGAAUUGGUACUGAACUCCCUGUUUUAAGCUUUGCUGCCCCCUUUGGCAGACAGCAGCUUAGGAGACCAAAGUGUGGGAUGCUGGACAUGGAUGUUGCCUUUUGCCCAUCUUUGUACUGAGCGUGAAAUGCUGGAUGCUUAUUACCACGUCCUUGGGACCUGUACACCCCCUUUUGUGGUGUGUCCAACUAAGGCAUAAUUUCAUUAUCCCCUGGCUACGGUCCGCUGGGGUAUUAAAGAUAUCCUUGGAAGUGCUAAGUGGAGUUACAAGAGCUAAAGCGUGGGGCAAUGCUCAUCUUGAUGUCCCAAAGACAGGAAAGUAACUGAAAUACUUCUCUGAAGGACAACCCAUCUUAAAUUCUCACUUACUCAGCGACAAUCUACACUCAUUGUUAUAUUUGCUUUCUGCAAGCUACUCUUAAUAUAAGCUUUUAGGAGCGAGGUAUCCAAAUAUUGGAUGCUAAUAUCUAAAUUGUACUGUUACAUUUAUUUACCAAAAUUUGGGAUAUUGCACAUUAUGUACUGGAUGUAUUUUCUGACUUUUAAAUCAAACUUUGUACUUGUGGCUAAUUUAAGCCUUACACCCUGCAAUGUAGACACUCUUUCCUUAACCUGUGUAUCAGAUAACUAACAUUAGCUUUAAUCAAAUUCUAAAUCUGCUCUUUCGUUUACAUUGUCAUAGGCUUUGCUUCUGUUGUGGGGGAGGCUCAGGAUGCCUAUGCUGUUGGUCCCCACUCUCCAUCCUUACUGAAUAUAUAUAUAUAUCUCUGCUGAGCAUUACCACUUAGACCAUUAUAGACAGAUAAGUGACUGGUCUUUAUGGCAGCUGACCCAUGGCCGAAGGCAUCAGCCGUGUUACCUCUUCCCUAGGUUCCUUCCCCUGUUAAUGCGUUAAGUGGGUGAUAGUGACAAGUUUUAGCCUGGAAACUCUUUGGGGCAGAGAUAAUUUUGUGUGUGUGUUGCCCAGGGCUACAGUUGGGAGCUCCAGGUGCUAUGGUAACAUCGACACAAUCGCUGGCUUUUAGUGAAGGAUUUAAGAGUCCUGGGAAUCAAGUAAGCAAGCUUAUUGCUAUGUAACCACCACAGCUGGCAGGACCGGGCAUAGGUACCCACCAGACUAAGGACAAGGGGUAGUACUUCAAUUUCAUGACUACUCAAGCUGCUCAAAAGAUAAUGCUAAGGCAGCCAAAUGGAGCUGGAGGUAGCCACUUCCCCCUCAGUUUGUCUACAGGAGGCUGGGGCUGGGUUUAGGAGAACAGAAAGUUACCUGUAGUAGACAAUGGAACCAGGUGGUGGGAGAUAUUAAACCAGAGAGACUCUGACUGAGCCACAAGAGGAAAUGCUGGGUAGGAAAGAGGAAGUGGAUGGACCAGCUGAUCUAGGAGAAAGCGGGCUAGGGAGAGAAGUCUCCAUGGUUCUGAACACAGGCCACAUGCUGCAGCAGGAGGACCCCAACCCAAAGAAUGUGCUAGAGGGGUGAGGAAAGCAAAGCAGGAAAGUGUGUGGAGUUAUUUUUAUAUAGAUCUGUUCCUUGUGCUAUUAAAGGAAGAGCAAUGGGAUUUAAGAACCCUCUGCAAAGCCUCAAUGUAGCACAUACCAUACAUCUACCACAUGCUUCUGAAGAUGGAAACUGGGUAGAGAUCACCACCCAGCUGGAGUUCUGGGACAGGAAGUGUUUAGAGGGCAGCUGAGGGGCCAGCUCUGAGCUGGGGGCUGUGGAGUGGGCCACUUGGUCACAGUGCCCUAAAGCAUCCCUCAAAGACUGCAGAGCCUUAAAACAGCUGAAUCCCCUCCCAGCUGUCUGGUAAGCAGCCCAGCUGGGAUGCAAAUGCAAGCCCAGGUCCCCCAUACAGCCCUGCUCUACGCAGGCUUCCUUACUUUCUCCCAGUGUGGUUUGCCAGUGACACAGGGCAGGGGCCGGUGCGCAGGCUCAGCCAGGCCCUGCACCACAGCUCAGUGAAGCUGAUGGGAGUUUUCCCUGUGACUUUGGAUGAAGGGUAAGUGCAGUACGGCCCUGAAGGGGAGUGAGCAGGCUGUCCUUAACCACACACACACACCCACAACCACCACCAUCACAGCCCCACACUGCAUCAUCACUUUAUUUCAGUGCAGAUCACAAGUGAGGAGCUGGUACAAAUCUCUGACAUGCAAUUGGAGCAGCACAGAGGCAGCUCAGGCCUGCAGUGAGGUAGGUGAGGAGCACAGCCUUCCUGGGUCAUCUCCUAGAAGACUGCAGCACUCUUGGGAUGGGACAGCAGCUGGGAGCUAUUUCCCAUUCUAAACUCCUCCUUCUCCCCCUGUGCCCAAAUGUGGCCCCCAGGCAUCACACUCCUCUUAAGGCAAGGGUGGGCUCAAAGCUGUGGUAGCGUUCUAGACAGCAGCAGCCUGGCCCUGCUGGUUCCUAGCCCCAGGCAGGGGUGACCACUGCCAGCAAUGGCCACGUCCCAGGGAAAGCCCAUCUCAAACCAGGCUGGGUUUGGCAGCAGCUCAGCUGUUAGUCAGCCCAAGCAUCCAGGCCAUGCUGUGCCAGUCAGGGAAGAUCAGCAGUGUGUCUUGCACAUCUGGGCCAGCUGUGAUCGGUCACCUCUGGAAUAGCUUUGAUUCCUUUUCUGGGUCAUGCAGACCCCUGACUUCACUUCUGUUCCUCUGAAAUGGAGUCAGCACUAAGUAACAUCAACAGGUUACUCCUGAGGGCAUUCUGCGCCAAAAAAAUUAAAAAAUU